AUGGACCCACAUCGGUUUUACGGAGGUAUCCAUACUACUAUCCAAAAUUUUCCCGACAACAGCAGUGACGAAGAUCUAUCGGAUGAUGAGCACGAGGUGAACAAAAAUCUUCCGGCUCUAUAUAUUCCAGAGUCUGAUGAAUCCGAUUGGGAAUUAGAGGAUAAUAUUCCUCUACCCCAUAUGAUACCUCCCUCAAGUAGAAGUGCGAGAGCUGAAAAACCCCGAUGGCGGGAUGGGUUUUUGGAAAAAUGUGUUCAUGAAACCGCAUUCACAGGUGAUACGACAUUACCUGAGGAAAUAAGGAGCUUGGAUACGCCAGUACAAUUCUACAAGUACUUGUUUACAGACGAAAUGUUCAAAUAUAUAGAGCAAGAAACUAUCCGAUACUCCUGUGAAAAACGUCCCGAAAAGAUUGCCCAUAUUACAGCAAUGGAACUUGAACAUGGUAGCUCUAGAUUCAGCUAUGACUUUGAACUUUAUACUGGAGCCCAAGGACAUGUAAAGUUGGUAACCGAUUUGCCAAAGAUUAAUACAUCCAGUGACGUUGUUGUUCGACUGGCGAGAACUAUUCCUGACGGAUUCAACUACAAAUUAUUCUUUGACAACUGGUACACGUCCUUACCGCUGUUGACUUAUCUUGCAAAGAAAGCGAUUUUACCGCUAGGAACAAUAAAAGCUAAUCGGAUUCCGGGAUAUAAAGUUCCUACCGAAAAGGAAUUGAAAAAAAGGAAGAGAAUUGUGAACCUUGCUUCGACAUAUGUCGGCAGCAAACCGUCUUCUGAAGUCCAACGCUUCAACAAAAAAGAAAAGAGCUACCAAACUGUAUCAUGUCCAAAGGCUGUCAUGGCAUAUAAUCGGCACAUGGGUGGAGUUGAUCUGUUGGAUGCUCUUCUUGGCUACUAUAGAAUACAAAUUAGAUCAAAAAAAUUUUACCACAGAAUAUUCUUCCACAUGAUCGACAUGACAGCCGUGAAUGCGUGGCUAUGGUACAGACGAACGCUUGAUGGUUCUGAGGCGUGGCUGCCACUAGCAGAUUUUAAGUGCGCGGUAGCCGAAGAUUUAUGCCAUGCCCGCAAACCAAGUACAACAAAUAAACGUGGACGACCCUUUUAUGUCAUGGAGAAUAAUCUACAAUUGAAGAAAUUGAAGGGACCUGUUGCCAUAAUGCCAUCGCAGGACGUUCGAUUAGAUCAAUUAGAUCACCUUCCUGUUUGGACCAUAAGACAGCGGUGUAAGGUUCCAGACUGCCCUGGAAGAUCUUAUGUGGAGUGCCGAAAAUGCAAAGUAAAUCUUUGUUUGAAUGGGAAAAGAAACUGUUUCACGAUAUUCCAUACUACAUAA